GUUCCCCUGCAGCCCUGUUCCCCUGCCCCUCUCCUGAACUGCAGUGACUGUACAUGUAAGGAGAAGGAGUAUCUUCAAAGCUGCUUUCCCCCAGGAGAAAGAAGGAAAAGGACUCAGCAACGGGCAGGAGUAUCCACCCCAUCUGGCACGUUUAUAAAGCUUGGAAGGACAGCCACAGCUCUCAAGUUGCCUGUUGAGACAUGGCAUGUUGAAAACAGGUCGUUGCACAGUGACAUGUGAUGGACAGUAGGAGAGAUGGCCCCAUUCAUCUAUUACCUCUAUUUCCUGCAGCUCUAAAUAAGUGCAAUAUUAACUCUGGGGCAAUUAUUGUAAUGAAAUCUGCCAGCAGACCUUUCAGCAUGAGGAGUUCUGGCACCACCAGGAGGGGCUCAGCAGGGCAUUUUACCCGUGGAGGCCGAAACCGCACAGCAAGAGGAGCGUGGUCCUUCCCAUCAUUCAGCUUUCAGAAAGACCAAGAAGGAGGUGACAGGCAUGAGAAAGUCUGGAUGAAGGAGAUAAACCAGCAAGGAAGCCGGUUCCAUUCUUUUAUGAAGAGACAUCCUGAAGUCACUUGUGUAGUGAAACAUUCCUGCAAUGGCGAGUGCUGUGGAUCUGAGGAGACUUGUGGUUUGCAUCCUGGACUGGUCAAAAUGCAUCUGCUCUAUCCUGCAUGGGCAAGGGUAAGGAGUAGCCCUGAGAUACUUUAGAAGAGACAGCACGAUCUGGUGAUGGGAUGCAGAGGUCUGAAGUCUUCCUUUGUCUGUCAAGCAUGUGCUCUUCAGGUUUGGUGGUGGCCUGGAGGAAAGUUGAAGGGGAUGACUCCUACAUGAAAGAUCAGUUCUGCCUCUUUGGUGUCUGCAAGUAGGGAAAUUGUGAUUUUAGAGCCUGGGAAGAUUCUUCCUCACUUCUGUGAAGCAGCACCACGUGUUGUCAGUGAAUUCUCUGCCUUGGCAGGGAUGUUGUGGGUGGAUGUCCUGAGACAGAAGUGUCUCUUUUCUAUGGAAUUUCAGGUGCACUGUGAGUUGAUAAACUCACUUUCAGAUGAGAGUAAAGCAUUCCUACCAGCUUGUUUAAAUCAAGAGAAAGGAAACGGUUGAUCUGCACCCUACAAGAAGAUUCACGGACUAACUUCAUCAUUAUCAGAACAAUUUUAUCUGCAAAUUGCAGACUUGUCUUCUGCUUGUCUUCUGCUGGAGCUGGACCCUGCAGCUGCCCUGACAGCAUCUGGACCCAAACUGCCCAAGCAGCAAGUCUCCCAGCUCAGCCAGCACCACAAGCCAGGCAAGCACACAAUGUUUUCUCAUGUCUAUUCGACUACUUAACCUGAAAGACAGCACGUUGUUUCUUUGCACCAGACUUUGUUAUUUCCAGUUUCCAAGAGGAUAAAACCAAUGUCACCAUAAAGGCGAGAAAAUUUGGAAGUAGAACUGCUAACUGUGUACAAGAAGGGAAGAGUUCCCUUGUGACACUGACACAACCAUGUAGUUUGGAGCUAACCACAAUGGCUGUAAGAAUUAAAUUGUCCAUUUAGGUUCCUUUGUUUAUUAGAACACAAAAGCCAGCAGCACAGGAACUUGCUUUCCAUGGCUCACAGCAAAGACAAGGUUGAGGGUGACUGGUUCUCAUACGCAGCUGCACCUCAAAGACUCCAGGAGGUUUUCCUUUCAGAGACCAAGGCCACAGUCACAAAUGGUGCAGACCCAUAAAUCCAGAUGGUCACCCAUCCAUCAGUGUCUGCCCAGCUAUAUCCAGCUCUGCAGGAUUGAAGUUCCCAGUGGCAGACCAGGCCACACAGCAGCUUCCAUGUGUGGGUGCUCCCUGCAAGUCUUCAAUGGCAGUCUGAAUUCAGCUGUUCACAAACACAAAGUUGUGCUAUGGGAAGAUUACUGACGGCCGAUUGACAAGAACUGGGAUAUGGUGACCUGCAUACAAGGACAUUCUGAUAUCUUUGUUCUGGUGAAGCGAGGAGUCUGGAAUUGAACCGCAUGUAUCACACAGCAGGGCACAGGACAGCAUUCAGUCUCGUGCGUUGGUGCUUAUCCACUUAGAGGUAAAGGAUCUCCCUGCUCAGCACUGUGAAAAGACUCCCACAUCGGCCUGCUGGACAGACAUUUAUUUCCUUUCCAGAGAGUAUGGAGGUGACAUGUCCAUGUUAAGACCAAAAGUGCAAGGCCUGCUCGGAGGCUGGGACUGUUAUGAUUGCUGGACGAGGAUUUUGCUGCGCCAUUCAGCCCUACCCGUGGUGGCCUGCAUUCUGCAGUCUGGUUGGGUGCUAUGUACAGCAUGUCUUUGGUGAAUCACUUGUGACUCUACCCCUGUUGCUGGAUCUCAGGAUGGAUGACCUUAGAGACUUUGCAGCCCACCUAAGCCUUCCUAAUUAACACAUUCUCAAGUUCUCUUUGCCUCCCUACUCAUGAUAUUUGUGGUAUUUCAUUGCUACAUCUUGUGGCAGUCAUCAGGGGACACUGCAAUUGGAAGUGGGGCUGUGCAUUGGAGAGAUGGACAAACCCACCCUCAGUGCUGCUGCGGAUGCCCAGAAGUCAAUGAAGUGACAUGAAGAAGGAAGAGCGGCCAAUAGAUUUCUUCACAAGGCAAGCUUCCGUGCUCUCUGUCCAUCACAACUUCAGCAAAGCCAGUGGUCUGGGUUCUGCAGAAAAGUGGGACCAUUACCCAACAGAAAAUACUUGGCUCUGGGAAGAGACAUGGAGGAAAUGUCUGACAGAUUUUUGUGACAGAGAGCAGCGCUCCCUUGGUGAGGAAGGAGUGAUGGACAUCCUCACUGUGGCCAGUUUUGGUUAAGGAUGAAGCAGUGACUUUGAUGCAGGCAGAGGAGACUGCCACCUUGGGAACAAAACAAGUGACCGUGCAGUGGUUGAUGUGACCGAGGAAACAUUUCGUGCCUUUGAGCUUCAUUUAAGCUCUUCAUAUGAAUAAGAGCAAAAAUGUGUGCUAUGUACUGAAGGAGCAGCAAGUUCAGUCCAGAAAGCCCUGCCCUAAUUGGAAUUGAACUUCUGAUGAAUGGCAUGUAGGCUCACUCCUGACUGCAUGAGAAGUGUUGUUGCUCAUUUGGUUUACGCUGGCAGCACGGUCCUGAGCAGAGGAACAGGGGCAGAAGGUGCCUGAAUGCCACUGACAUAAAUGUAAACUCCCAGAGGAUCAGCUAGAGGUAAUGCUGUUGCUUUGCAUGGAUCUUUGUCUGACACAGUGGUAAGGUGCAGUCAAGAUGUGGAGCUAAGUCAGAGACCUGGGAUUCUGCCCAAAUGAAAACCAAUGGGAUGAAUUCACCCUGGUACCUUUUAAGCAGGCUGAAUACAAAGCAAAUAGUUCAGAGCCAGCUACUGUGUUUCAAAACCUUCAGCUUUAUUCGUCUAAAAUAUUCCAGCAUAAGAAAAAGCAAUUAAGGACUAUUCUCUGGUUUAGAUCUUAAACUCCUGAGGGCAGGGGCUGCCUUGCAGUGCCUGUUGCUGAGGCCUUAAUGUUGAUCCAGCCCAUUCAGUGCAGAGAUAAUAAAAAAAAAAGAGCUCUUUGCAGCAGUUUUGUAUUGCUCUGUAGGUCUGGGCAACAGGAGGUCAUCUUGUGUAAGGUUUCAGUGAUUUGGCUGAUGAAGCACCUGAUGGUGGAGUUCUGUAGCCAAUGCUGCUGGUGAGCUGCUAUUAGCAGAGACCUAAUCUGAAUACAAAUAUCUGUGGAAACAGUUUACUGCACCUGGCAAGUUUGUGCUGGAACUUCUCAUCCAAUCCAGGGAUCGAAGCAGGAUGAUUUACGGGAUCUUCCUGGCCAAUAAGCAGUAUCUUAUUGGAAAGGUUUGAAAUUCUACCUAAAAUCACAGAGUGAAAGGUUUGUAAAAUUGCCAGGAAGUUAUUUUCAGGGUUGACCUGGAUUUGCACAAAACAGGUAGCACAAAGGAGAGAACAGCUGGAGGCAUAGGUGGGAAGAGAACAGCAUCUGACAGAUUCUCAUGGGGGUUAUUAUUAUUUUUUAAGGGAGGUAAAUGGCAUACUGUUGCCUCAAAUAUCUGACAAACAGAGGAGGAAGGCAUGGAGCUAGCAGCUGGCAAGGCAGCCAGGUCCAGUGUCUGCUGGCAAUAAGUGGGGUCCAAACCACUGGGCCUCUUGCAGAAAAGGAUUUUGCCACUGGUUGUCCUGGGAUAAGGCUGUGACAUGAACUCUCGUGUCUAAACAUGACUGCAUUGCUUAUCUCUGCUGGACGCCCAUGUCUGCUGUCAGUGCAAAUAUUGUUCUUAACAUGGAUCUGCCAGAACUUCAUGCUUUGACAGGUGUAUUUUAAAUGUCCUAGGCAAGAUUCUUCAUGCAGAGAAAGAGGAUUUGAGGGAUGUGGCCACCGGUAAUGCAGAAAUCCAUCCGAAUUUCAACCCAGGGCAUACCUGGGAAGCGUAAGCAUGAUGCAAUGCUCUUUGUGCGCGGCUUGUUCCUAGAUUGGACUCUGGAAAAAACAGCAUCCCUCAUUACUGCCAGUUUUCCACUACAGUCCCUCUUAUGUCCCCCUUUCCUCUGCUGUCUGCAUUUCUAGCCCCAAAAUGCAGUCAGGGCCAGAAUUGUUCCAGAAGUACAAUGUGUUCAUGUAUUUCUUUGGAUUGGAGAUGGUAGGAUGGUGCCACAUUUUUCCCAAAUAUUGAGAGUUUUCCAGCUCGUUCUGGCUGGUCGCUUUGCUGAGGUCAAAACAUUGGCUGAGGCAAAUUUGAAGAUGUUUUGUGCCAUUUCUCAGUGAGUGUGGUUGGUUGUUUAUCUUUCAAACAUCAGCACUUCCUGCAUCAGCACAAGAUUUUCUCUAGGAAACAUAAAAACACCUUUUCAUUUCGGCCUUUGGAAACCUUUUGAAGUCUUCCAGCUGAAAAAUAGCAAGGUCCCUAGGCUUGAGUAUUUGUGGAUGCUUUACAACUGUUAAGGGCUAAAAAGCAAAUGAAAGUCCUGAGAUCUGUGCUAGGAGGGUGCAAUAAGAGAUGAAUGUGCAACAGCAAAUUGCUUUAAGCCCUUCCCUACUAUUUUCCAGAAGAGUCUUGAUGGAAAAUCGUCUUCUCAGCCCCAAGUGUGAAAAAGCACUGCUUUGUGUUGCCUUUUCUUUUAGUAACUUUAGUGUCAAAUGUAUUGGUUACACGUUGGACACAUUUUUAAUGCUCCAUGGUGUAUAUUCUUCCAGUAGGAAAAGCCACCUAGAGCAUCAGCUGUGUCUUUCUUCUCUCUCCACAAAGACCUAUGGGGCAUCCUGCAUCCCUGUAAGAAAGGAGCUUUGACCUUUUGUCUGUUGUGACUAGAUUUCUUUUUGCAGACCUUGCCUGACAUUGCUGUCCAUUUCAAGAGAUACUUUCCUGUCUACUUUACCUGUCUAAGGCACCAACAAUCCAGCUUCUACUUUUGGUUGCUUCCAUAGGUGCUUUGGAUCCAGCCUGGUAAAUGGUAUAUGGUAUAUGCCUUUUAAAUGGCAUAUAGCACAGAGUCUGAAUUAAGAUCAUGGACAAGUUUGAUCAGCAUCAGAACUUAGGUGCCUAUUCCCUCGGUUUAGCACAUUUGCCAGCAUACAGCAGCCAGACACGAUCCCUUCCUGCACUCACACACACACCAUUAGUAAAUCAGACAUUUUAGUAAACCUUUCUUUGCACAGCAUUUCAAUAAUAUCCUUAGUGUUAAGGAUUUGGUUUUGUAUCGGUUUUGUAUCUGUUCAAAAGGGGAUGCUGCAGGCUUAGUCACCCAUUUAGCUCUUAGCUUUGCUCAUUGGAGCUGUCUGUCUCAGCGGAUGAGCUUGCUGAGCUGCCCAGAUGUCACUCCACAAGUGCCCUUCUCUUGGGCUCAGGGAACAGGGGUGCAGGGAGCCUGCCUCUCUGAGGGGCCCUGGACUGGAAGGUAACACGAGCAGGGCACAGCCCCCCAGCCAGCAGUGCAGUGUUUGGGAGGACUUCUCUCUCCUCAGGGGCUGGUCUGCUCUCUUCAUCCACUCUCUGACAUGAUCCUAUAUCCAGACUCUUUAGAAGAGGAAAAAAAGAAGCAAAACUGAAAGCUGCUAUUUUUAAACCUUCCCUUUGGCUGUCUUUGCAGCGCUGCCUUCCUCCCCGUGUUUCAAACAGUGUUCUUUUGAGAACUAGGCACCAGGGCCCUGCGGUUUCCUGGUACUUGGAACAUAAAAUCUCCUAAUUCUUCUCUCGCAGCAAGCUUCAGAGGCUGGGGAGUGAUUGAUAUUUUCUAUCGCUUCAUUAAUAGUCACAGCACAGUAGUUUUCUAAUCUGUUUUUGCACCGCUUUUUAUUCUGAAUAAUUUGUCUUUCAAAUUUUCUCAGCCCUCUGUGUCACACAAAGCAAAUGCUGUUUGCUCCCCUCCUGCCUUUUAGCCACUGGGUUGAGACCUUCGGGAGCUGCUGAGGCAAAGCGGUCCAAGAGAUGGGAAGCUGGGACCUGCCUCGUGGAGCCUCCUCAUGUGUGCUUAUAGCACAGCUUGGCAAAUAUACUUGGGAUAUGUCCCAGAAUUGGAUAAAUCGGAAGUAACUGCUACAAGGGAAGUCUCCCCUUAUCUCUCUGCUGACUGAUAUCAGGAUCCCUGGUGUAAGUGGUGCUGUUGCAGAAGAUAAAAGGUAAGCCGUGCAUAAGGCAACCUGCAAUCUAUUCAGGCAAAGGGGAAGAAAUGUGAGGGUUGAAGUUAUUGAGAGUCUGAGGCCUAUUUCUGGUGGCAAACGAGGUGCUCAGGGCACAGGAGAAAAUCAAACAAAAAGGAUCCAGGGAAAACCUGGGGCAUCUGCUGCUGAUCGUGUCUUUCCCAGCACAUCUCCAGGAGCGAAGCUCUCCAGGAUAAAGAUAGAAAACUGCAAUGGAUCCAUUUGCCAAGAGGCUUGGGCAUUAUCCCAUGAGAUGUGGAGAAAAGCAGAACAAGGGCUAGCUGUUGUGAAGCUGUGAGCCGGCUCAGCUCUGCCACACUGUGAGUUGUGUCUCUUCAUUGCCUUUUGAACACCUGGAACCUUUACCUGCAGGAGAAAUUGCUGUCUAACUGAUCCUUUGUGGACCUCUGACCAAAACCAUCCAGUGCAACAGAUGCACAGACUUAUCCAGACUCCUGCUAGGAACUGGAAUUGGCAUCGAGCAACAUGCACGCCUCCACCCAGACCAGAACCCACCGAGAUGUCCCUCCCUCAGAUGAAGCUCAUGUGUCACUCACAACCCAUGGCAGAGGACAUGCAGCAGCUUGGAGCAGAGGACAGUUGGAAUGGGAAGAUAUAGCAUGGUUAACCAAAAUCCAGACUCAUCUGGGCUCCUUGGGCAUCUCCUACUGCAUCAUUCGGGACCUGAGGUACCUUCCCACAAAUCACCAGCCAUGCAAUAGAGAGCUUUACUCAAGCUCAGCAGCAGCACUUGCCAAGGCUUUGCAUGUUGCAUUGAGAUCUGCUCUGCUACCAGCAUCCCUGAUGCCAAGUCCACCCACAUGGCCUCCUGCCACCCAAGGAAUGAAUCGUGGUGACACCACAGCUGGGGGCUGCAGACAGGAGAGGACAGCCAUCACAUGGCCCAGGGAACACAGCACAGCCCACCCCACAUUUACAGCGUGCUGCAGGCACAUCUCAAGCUCCUUAUGAAAGGCCAAGGAAAAAGGCGCCACCAGACCCUGGGGCCAGAAGGCCAGGCCCAUCUCUUGCUAUUCCAGUGCCCACAUGUGGCCAAGUUCUGAAUCUUCUCUUCUUUGCCUUCUCCCAUCCAAGCACAGGGCAAGCUUUUUGCAAAGAAAACAAGUGUCCUCUGCUGGCUGCAAAUAAAAAAUGCAUGUGGUGAUGCUCUGCCUAGGGAUAGCAUUGGGUAAGGAUGUGUUAUGUGGAGUUCGCAAUCUGACUUGUUUUACAGAUGGACAGUAAUCCAACCACGAAUUGGAGCUAAGCUGGUUGCUUGCAGUGCAGACAAAGGAGGGUUGUCAGGGAGUCUGUGCCUUUAGGCUGCAUGUACUGGGCAGAGUGCAGCCCUUCUCCAUAAGCAGUUCCCCAGUACAGCCUGAAUGAGGCAUAAGAUGGUGGGGGCUGGUAGGGGCAGAGCAGAGAGGGGCAAGAGAUUGGAGCUGCCUGAGGUGCAGGGGCAGAGAAGCUCUCCACCAGCAUGAAGCACAUUCGGGGCAGUCUUUGCAAAAAGGACAUGAGAGAAGGGGCCAGCGUGUGCUUGUGCUCUGUUUCUGAAAUAAUCCCUCAGAGAUCAAUGGGGUUUCACAUCUUUUCCCAUCUGUUCUUAAUCUGUUCACUUGGCAGAUGCCAAACCACCAUACCCUGUAUGGGAAAACACAAAACAAAACACAGAGCCUUCUAUCUCUCCUAGUUUUAUUCAGAACCAUUCUCUGAAGCCCAGCUCUGCCCACACCCCAGCCAUGCAUGGAGACCCACGGAGGAGCCUGCAGCAGGAACAGCUCUGCCUUCAGCAAGCCCAGAGAAGGGGUUUGUGUCUGAUGGAGCAGCUUUGUGUUUAUGCAACCCAGUGACUUCGGGCUGGUGAUUAUCUUCUGCUGGCAUCCCUCUGAUGCCAAGAAUCCUCCACCGACAUCUCAGCCCUAUUAUUCCAAGCACCAGAGACUUGCACAGCAUCAGUCCCAGCCAGGAGAUGUGCCAACAGAAGGGAUCUGCCUCACAAAAGGGCACAGACCAGCAGUAGGGCCAAGGCAAAGCAGCACGCUGGGCCCCCAGUGACUCCUGCCUCUUGCUCAUGCAUCCUUUCCUCCUACCUUUAUUUCAGAGUUCAUCACUGCAAAAUCUGCUGAGGACAUGAGCAACAGCGUUUUAAUGGCAUCCAUGAAUACUUUAUUUAAGGCAGAGACUCAGUGACUGCAGCACUGUCAUUAUCAGUGGCUGGACCAAACCAUAAUAAAUAAUACAGGAUUACUCCCAGCAUCUAAAAAUAACCUAACCUAAGCUGUUCCCAUCCUCAUCCCAUCAAUUGGAAGGGCUGAAUGUUUGCCACAGCUUAUACAGUUCCCAUGUGCCUUUCUGGUCUUCUCAGCAAGCUAAUGGAAACAAUCCUGUAACUUCAAGGCAGAACGAUGAGGUUUUAGAAUUCCCCUGACUGGUAAUGAGAGAGUUGAUACAGCUUAACAGCAGAGUAACUGCAUGCCAGGAUGGCAACUUCAAACCUGGAGAAUCAGCUGCACAGUGCCCAGAAGAACCUCUUGUUUCUCCAGAGAGAACACGCCAGCACCCUGAAGGGCCUGCAUGCCGAGAUCCGGCGCCUGCAGCAGCACUGCACAGACCUAACCUAUGAGCUGACUGUGAAGAGUUCAGACUUGUCAGGAAGCAUUAGUUCAAGAAGUGAUGAACUCAAAAGAAAGUGUGAAGAUCUUGAAGCUCAGCUGAAAGCCAAAGAGGCUGAAAACAAUGAAUUAUUGAAAGAACUUGAACAAAAGAAUGCAAUGAUAAUGGUGCUGGAAAACACCAUUAAAGAAAGAGAAAAGAAGUAUUUGGAAGAGUUGAAAAUGAAAAGCCAUAAGCUCAAUAUGCUGUCCAGUGAACUAGAGCAGAGAGCAAGCACGAUCGCUUAUUUAACUUCUCAACUGCACGCUACUAAGAAGAAGCUGAUGAGUUCCAGUGGGACUUCGGAGGGGACCCCUUCAGGCAGUCCGGUGUUGUCCAGCUAUAAGCCAGCCCCUCCCAAAGACAAACUGCCCGAGACUCCACGGCGCAGAAUGAAGAAGAGUUUAUCAACACCGCUCAACCCGGAGUUCGAAGAGGCCUACAGAAUAGGGUCGGAUAGUCGGAAGCUGCUGUUAAGGGAGCACGUGGAUGCCAUGCCUGAUCCCACUCCGUUCCUGUUGGCCAGAGAAACGUCGGAGGUCCACCUCAUUAAGGAGAGGCCGCUGGUUAUUCCCCCCAUCGCUUCGGAUCGAGCAGCCGGCGAAUCGCACAGCCCAGCGCGAGAGAAGCCGCACAAGGCGCACGUCGGAGUGGCGCAUCGCAUCCACCACGCUGCGCCCCCCCAGCCUCAGGCAGAGGUUGAAACGCUGGCGGUGGAUCAGGUCAACGGAAGCAAGGUGGUCAGAAAGCACUCAGGGACGGACAGAACUGUUUGAGUCAAAUCACUGCUGCCCUGUUCUGUUGCUGUUUAUGCACUGUGAUCCCAUAGGAUAAAUAGCACCUGCAGUAAAGUUUCUUUCGAUGCCCCAUGCAUGCCAAACUUCUUCCAGAUACAUCAUUAAUAGAUUAUCCUCCUCUAUUGAUACCUACUAGGACUGUGUUCAUAUGGCAAGGUAUAUAACUACUAAAUGCUGUGGCCAAAUCAGGGGUACCUGACUGCUUGCUUCUGAGCACUGCUCCAUUUAUUGUAUCUACACGUGUGGACAAAGGCACAUGCUGCAGGCUGUGUUAUUAAUAUUAGUGAAAACAAGCCUAUUAACCUGCAGCAAUAGGUAUUGGCUGUUAGCAUUUGAAAUAGCAAUGGUUCUUUUGUCUUCACUGUGUAUGUAGCACUUCAUACACAAACAUUAACUUUCAUGACAAAGCCUUCCUCACGGUAGCAUUGAAAAUCCAUGGGCUGUACAUACACUUUAAAACAAACUAAGGACUUUUUUCCUUCAAAUGCUCUCAGUUGUGAACUGUGUUCAUAGUUUCUCAAAGUCCUGAGAGUCCCAGUAAGCAUUGUUUAGUCCUAAAUAACUUGGUUUGUGGCUUUAAGUAAAAAAUGAGGAAGAAACAUGGAAAAAUCACUGUCUUCAAUGGUUAAUGGUCCUCUCAGAAGGAGUAUGAACAUGUUUUUGUUUGUUUUUUUAAACUGAACGCCCUCAAUGCACAUUUUACACUAGUCAGUGAGUACACUGCACUUGUGGCACCUUCCAUACUGGCUCAGAGCUCCUUUUUUUCAGGGAGAAAAUGUACCCGACUGUCCUGUAUGAGAAUGGUUCUUUAUGCUCUAACCUGCACUUUUUUUAUAAAGAUUGCUUUUUGUGUUUUGUUUUUUUUUUCUUGAAAAGUUUAGACUUAUUCAGGGUAUCAAUGGUCAGUUCUGACUUCUAACAGCUUAGAAGCCUGAGCUGUGCCUCUAAAAUGUGUGUACUCAGUUUUAAAUGUAACUGACUUACCCACUUCUUACAAGAGGAGAACCUGGCAUCCUUGACUUCUAUCCAAGUCACUUGGGAUGCACCUGCCUUGUACUUGUCCUGGUUCCCCUGUCUAGUUAGCAACAGGUAGACCCUGCAUCUGUUGUUAGACUACUUGAUUUUUGUUUCUUCUUUUUGUUCUUUUUUCUAGGAAAGAAAGGCAUACUGAGAGCUGUGUAUGUAAUUUUUGGAAAGGAGUUUUUCUUAAAUUCUGAUCAGCACCUCCAGCUUGCCUCUGCUUCACUCUUGUCUGCAGCCUCUGAGUAGGACCAGCAAGAAAAAACAGCUCCCAAAUGCUGCUAAGCUUAUGAUGUGCCUUCAAAAAUUUGGAACACGUAACCUUUGUAAAAGCUGAUGAAGGAUCCCUGCCUGCCCUCUUUCCUUCCCCUUGCCAGCUGUAAUUUGCCCCUCCAGCUUUUUUUCUGCAGCUGUGUGUUGGUGUGUUUCCCUCUGGAGCCUUGGGUAACUAUCUGUCAGCUUUCUCCCUCCUCCCCCCCAAAAAAGGCACUGACAGGAUGAAAAAAGCUGUUCUUCCUACCUGUGGUACUGCUAACUUCCCUCUGCAGCAUGCUAACUUACAGCAGGGUUGGUCCCAGUCAGAGAGGAUUUGAAUGUCCACUGACCUGAAGGCUUCCUGUGCCCUGUCCCUGUGCACCCUCACAGCUCAGGCACUUGCUAGUUUGAGAAGCCCAAGAAAUGCUUGUCAGCGUUGUGCCUUGCCAGCCGUGUGCUAGGAUUUGUUUCAUGAACUGUGGGGAGGGACAGGCAAAAGCUCUGUUCCUGGAAAAUUGGCUAAAGAAAGUUUGUUAUCCUGGAGUGCUCAGUGUAUUGUAUUUACCAGCAGUGUUUUCGGUUUGGGGAUUUUUUUGGUGGUUGUUGCCAUAUUUUUAUGGCUGUUGUAUGAGUGAGCUACCCUGCCACUUGUUCAAGGCUGAUGGAAGGCAUCGCUUCCAAACCCAGCAGAAGUGAUGCUUUGGGCAAUUAAAAACAUUUCUUACAACCAUA